AACCAGGACUCAGUCCUCCUCCUUAAUGAUCUGACUUCUCCUGAUCUUCUCCCAGGACUCAGUCCACCACCUUCCUCCUCAAUGAUCUGAAUUCUCCUCGAUCUUCUCCCAGGACUCAGUCCACCACCUUCCUCCUAGAUCUUCUCCCAGGACUCAGUCCACCACCUUCCUCCUCAAUGAUCUGAAUUCUCCUCGAUCUUCUCCCAGGACUCAGUCCACCACCUUCCUCCUAGAUCUUCUCCCAGGACUCAGUCCACCACCUUCCUCCUCAAUGAUCUGAAUUCUCCUCGAUCUUCUCCCAGGACUCAGUCCACCACCUUCCUCCUCAAUGAUCUGAAUUCUCCUCGAUCUUCUCCCAGGACUCAAUCCACCACCUUCCUAGAUGAUCUGAUCUUCUCCCAGUCCACAUGAUCUGACUUUUUUUUUUUUUUUUAUCCAGGAUAGACUCUCACUUUUUUAGGGGGGGUUGUUCUUUUCAUCACUUUUGCUGACCUUCUUCAUGACACAUCGAGGCAUUUUCUCAUAAAGGAAAAGAGAGAGAGAGAGAGAGGAGAAAAGGACAAAAGAGAGAAGAGUGUGCCACCUCUGGAUCUUCGGAGCUGAAUGGCUCUCCUGCCCUGGAUUUGGCCCCCGGACACUUACAAUCUCUGAUUUGUUGUCUUUGCAUCCUCCUCUCCCCUCCACCACCCCGUCAGGGGGUCAGGAGAAGCUGAGGCACAUUGGUCCUGCCCCUGGCCGUCCUAUAUGGGAGAUCGGGGCUGACAAGCCCUGUCUGAUCAGACUGCUGCUCCCUCCUCCAGCCGGCACACAGGGAGAGAAGAGGAGAAGAGAGGAGAGGAGAGAGGGGGGAGAAGAGAGAGCCGCCAUCGGCACACAGACACACACACAUCGGCCACAUUUCAUUUCUUCCCUCUUUUUUAGGAAGCAAGGGGGGGAAAUCCCUGCAAAGCCCAUCCAAGGAAACGGCUCCCAUCAGCGGCAACCACGGCAGAGACGGCCAGCUUCUUCUUCUCCUCCUCCAAGACCAAGCCCCCCCACGCCUCGCUCUCCAGCACUUUUUGGGCCCGAGAUAUGGCAAUGGUAGUUAGCAGCUGGAGAGAUCCGCAGGAGGACGUGGCCGGCGGAGGCCCUAACCCGGCCAGGGAGCAGCAGCAAGCUCCCUCCGCCGCCCCGCACACGCCGCAGACCCCCAGCCAGCCGGGACCCCCAUCUACUCCCGGGGCGGCGGGGGAGAAGGGUCAGCCAGGUUCAGGCCAGAGUCAGCAACACAUCGAGUGCGUGGUGUGCGGGGACAAGUCCAGCGGCAAGCACUACGGUCAGUUCACCUGCGAAGGCUGCAAAAGUUUCUUCAAGAGAAGCGUCCGCAGGAACUUAACCUACACAUGUCGUGCCAAUAGGAACUGUCCCAUAGACCAACACCACCGCAACCAGUGCCAGUACUGCCGGCUCAAGAAGUGCCUGAAAGUGGGCAUGAGGAGGGAAGCGGUUCAGCGAGGACGAAUGCCUCCAACACAACCGAACCCAGGCCAAUAUGCCCUGACGAAUGGUGACCCCCUGAACGGCCAUUGCUAUCUGUCGGGAUACAUCUCUCUCCUUCUUCGGGCAGAGCCCUACCCCACCUCCCGCUAUGGCAGCCAGUGCAUGCAACCCAACAACAUCAUGGGCAUUGAGAACAUCUGCGAGCUGGCGGCCCGGUUACUAUUCAGUGCUGUGGAAUGGGCCAGGAAUAUUCCUUUUUUCCCCGACCUUCAGAUCACUGACCAGGUGUCUCUUCUCCGGCUGACUUGGAGUGAGCUGUUUGUCCUCAAUGCAGCCCAAUGCUCCAUGCCUCUUCAUGUAGCCCCUCUACUGGCCGCCGCUGGCCUCCAUGCCUCUCCAAUGUCGGCCGACCGAGUGGUGGCCUUUAUGGACCACAUCCGUAUCUUUCAGGAGCAGGUGGAGAAGCUCAAGGCCUUGCACGUAGACUCUGCAGAAUACAGCUGCCUCAAAGCCAUCGUCCUGUUCACAUCAGACGCCUGUGGCCUUUCAGAUGCUGCUCAUAUUGAGAGUCUACAGGAAAAGUCCCAAUGCGCCCUGGAGGAGUAUGUCAGGAGCCAGUACCCCAACCAACCGAGCAGGUUCGGCAAACUUCUUCUGAGACUGCCUUCCCUGCGUACUGUAUCUUCCUCAGUCAUUGAACAGCUCUUCUUCGUCCGUUUGGUAGGUAAAACCCCUAUAGAGACACUCAUCAGAGAUAUGUUAUUAUCUGGAAGUAGCUUCAACUGGCCUUAUAUGUCCAUCCAGUGUUCCUAGAGAACAGCCAGAGAGACAAUCCCUGCGACAGAACUCUGUGCGAACGACCAUGGUGUGGAUGUAGACACAAUGCAGACAAAAAAACUCCUUAGGAUGUGAACAAUAAUGAACUGCGAGUGUUUUUGGGGAACACACACACACAAAAAAAAGGACCAAGGGGAUCUAUGAUUAAAAUAUGCAGACAAGAACCCUAAUGGAUAUGCUGUGGACUGAGAUGGAUUUAUUAUGUACAGGCGACAAAAAAAAAAAAAUGACAGACUUGUGAUAAAUCCUGUGUGUAGUUACACAUGCACAUAAGCACCACGAACAUUUGUUGUUGAUUUUGUAAUAUACUAGUCUUUAUUUUCAUUUUUUUUUUUUUGUAAAAUUGAAAACAUUGUAUGCGCAUAAAGAAAGCAAGGCAUAAAAAAAAUUAGGGGGAAAACAAUUCAAAAUAAUUAUAAAAAAAACAACAAAAAAAACAACAAAAAACUCGUCCUGUGUCUAUGUAUCUAUAUCUGUUUUGUAUUUUUUUCUGGUUCUAAACCAGGGUUCCUGUAAUUCUCUACUAAUCAUUUUUUGAUAUAACCCUUUGCUUCUUAUAAUGAGUGCGAUAUAUGUUGUCCAAGCUUAUGUUCUUCAAGAAUUAAAAUUGAAGUGAGAAUUUAAAACAAAAAUAAAAGACUUUAGCAAAA